AUGUGGAACAACAGGGGUUUUGAGGUAAAAUUAUCAAAGAUGUCACGUGUCUAUGUUGGUAAUCUGGACCCAAGGGUUAAUGAAAGAGAAAUCGAGGAUGAAUUCCGCACUUUUGGUGUCAUUCGUAGCGUGUGGGUUGCAAGAAGGCCUCCAGGCUAUGCUUUUGUUGAUUUUGAUGACAAAAGAGAUGCUCAGGAUGCCAUCCGUGAACUUGAUGGUAAGAACGGUUGGAGAGUAGAGAUGUCUCAUAACUCCAGAGGAGGUGGUGGCGGCGGUGGCGGCGGUCGUGGUGGAGGUCGUGGUCGCUCCGGUGGUUCUGAUCUGAAAUGCUAUGAAUGUGGUGAACCUGGUCAUUUUGCUCGUGAGUGCCGUGGUGGCGGCGGCGGCGGUGGUGGUGGAGGUAGACGCCGCAGCCGGAGCCGCAGCCGCAGCCCUGCUAGAUACCGCCGGAGCCCUAGCUAUGGUCGCAGGAGUUACAGUCCGCGUGGGCGGUCACCGCCACGCCGGAGUUUGUCACCGCCUCGUAAGGCAAACUACAGCAGGUCACCACCGUAUCGUGGACGUGAUGAAGUGCCAUACACAAACGGAAAUGGGCUUAAGGAUAGGCGUCGUAGCAGGAGCUGAUUGUUAUGUUAAGGGAGGACUCUGAGGAGAUGAAACAAGUUGUUUGAACUGCAAGUAGUGUGGAAGUGGAUGAAUUUGUUAUCUGUGACUGUGACUGUGACUAUGACUGUGUUUUCAUCUUUCUAAAUUCUAAGGUUCUUAACUUUUCAAAGUAUCAGAGUUUAUUUUGUUUGCUUCUUAAUAGACACAGAAUGUGUAUGUCAGGGAUAGAAAGAAACAGUGCUAAAGUAAUAUGCUUGUUUUUGUGUGUCGAGGUGUUUAUGCUUCUACUACUACUUCGCUUCUCUGCCCUGGGAUCAUCAUUUGUGGGUCCCAGCUUACCAAAUUAGUCCUGUUUUUGUUAACGGCUUCAUAGAAAGUCUCUUGCCUUUAUAAUCUUUCUUCCAGCAACUGCUAUAUAGUUGUUGACAAUGAAAUAGUUCUUCAGCAAUGAGACUUCUUCUAAGCCUCACAUAGUUCCAGUGAAAAGUCGCCACCUAUAUAGUUAACAUGUGCUUCCUUGGCACAUGAGACACUUGUCAACCACUGAUUAGUUUUGCCACGACAACUCUUUAUUACAAAUACAUUAAUUAGGUGUUAACGUGGCAAAAUAAGGCACAAUAUUGUGCUGAUAUGCAUUGUGCUUUGAUGGUUCUUUAUGGUAUAAGGGGGCUGUUUGAUAGUUUCAGAAGAGUUGGAAUCGAGUCACAGGUUCUACAUGUGAUAUCAAACAGAUUCGACUUAUUACCAGACUUAGUAAGAGGAAUAUCAAAUAGCCUCAAAUUUAUCUUCCCCCAAAUCUAUAAUCUUGUUGUUGUAAAGUUUAUUAAAAUAAAUUAUUUUGAUAUAAAUAUUACAAAAAUAGUACAUUUAUAAAAUAAUAAUUAUUAUGGCCGUUAUAUAGAUACAUUGGUCGUGAGAUUUAUGUGAAUUAAUUGAUCUAAUAUAAUAUAAGAGGCAUGACUGAAACAUGAGAUGUGGUGGAGAGAAAGUGGAGGGUAGGUACACGAAUAUUAAUUCUAGUAACAUUAUUGCAAAUGAGUGGAUUGUUGUAUUAAAUACCAAUUCUAGAAAAAAUUGUC